CAAACAAAUAGAAAUAGUAAUACAUCAACAAAGCCUUCAAAUUUUGUUUGUAAAUUUAGUUUACAAAAUGUAGUAAACUGCCGGUAUGUAUUGUAGAUUAAUCAUCUUUAAGAUAUUACAUAUUUAAUAAUUUAAACAUGCAUUUAUUAUCCUAUUUCAUACGUAAAAUUUAACAUUGAACAUUGACCAAUAUUCUAUCAAUAAAUGACUGAUGUGUACUGUCAGUUUUUAAAAGACGAAACACAAAUUAAUAUUUAAAAUGUAUUAUAGAAAAAUUAUUUUAUUAUUCAACACAUAACCAUUAAUUUUUUAAAAUCAAUGUUAUAUGACUCAUUAACAAUGAAUUUUAUAGUAGGUAUCACUACUAUCAUUGAGUGAUGGACCAUAAUAUUCAGUUCAGAUAUUUUGUUUGAAUUAAAAAAGAACAUUGUAACUUAUAAUUUUACUGAUUAAGAAUAAAUAUAAAAUAAGUAUUCAUAUUAACAAAUACAAUGAUAGUUGUUGUUGCCUUAACAACCAAAUCUGAUGACCAAAGUAGCAUUGUCAACGACAUUAUCAAUUUUUAGUCAAAGCUAUGGAUGUCGGGCUGUUUAGACAAUGGGUCUAUUAUAACUGUCCACAAAAUAAAUUAUCAAAAUUUGUGUUUACCAAAAUAUUAAUAUUGAAUGAUUACUUAAGUUUACCAACUUUAAUCUAGCUUAAUAAAAAGAUAAUAUUAUAGAUAAUUUAAGUAGAUAAAGUUUUACAUUUUUUGAUACCAAAAUCAAUACAUUAUUAAAGUAUUUUAUGAAUUAAUAAAUCAAUGUAAUAUACAUUUAAAAUAUUUUAAUAAUAUAUCUUUAAGUUUAUUUUUACACAAAUUUAAGAUUUUAAUAUUAAAUAACUAAAUAGGUUUAAAUCUAUUUUUUUACUCUUCAUUGAAACCUUAUUUAAAACUGUAUAAAUGUAUUAUAAGUAAAUUUAACUUUAAUGUAAAGUAUAUUUAGGUUAUAUUAUUUAAUUUUAAUAUUUAUGGCCUAUUCUUUUAAAAUAAUUUACAAACUUUGUUUUUUUAAAUACUAUUUUUUAUUUAAGUACCUAUAUAAAUAUAAUUUGUUUGAAGUUAUAUUUAUUUAUAUUUUUCUAAUAGUAAUUGUAUUGUGAAUAUUUGUGGUUUAAACAGGACGUGCCAUAUGGAUAAUACAACUAAAAAUCCAAGAUAGAAUAAUGAAAUGAUAAAAAAUUAGGCAUGGCCAGAAUACAGAGAUGUGAGUGUUGGACACCCGUCUCCCUUCGUUCACCUUGGUGUAAGCCAGAAUUAUUGUAUUAUAUUUUUAAUUUGAAAGCUUAAUGCAAAUUUUCCUACUCAAAACAUGAUUCUGAGUAAAAAACAAUUUUAGAAUUUAGAAAGAGACCUAAAUUUACUCCAAUUUUUUUAAUAUUUAUCUCAGCAUUUCACUGUGUAAUGUUUACAAAAAAUUAUGUUUAUAUUAAUCUAAUGAUACAAACAUUAUUAUAAAAUGAUAAACUUUCUUCAUUACACUUUAAAGUAUGAGGUAAAUUAUUAUUAACAUCUGUUGAAUUGAUAUUUUUAUUUUAAACAAUUGUAUAUUUUAGUUGCUUUUAAAACAUUUUCAACAAUUUACCCUUAAACUAGAAUAAUGUUGAGUUUCUCACAUAAAUGAGUGUUCUGCCACUAAACUACUUAAUGGAUAUUUCUCAUUCGGUUCUAAUUAGUUAAAAUUUGUUGUUAAAAUAUUGUUCAGUAUCUAGAUAAUAUUUUAUUUCCCUAUUUACUAGCAUGUUUCAUAUUACAAUUGUUAUUUGAUUUUUAUUCAUUGAAAAUAAUCCAGGUUACAUACAUUUACAUUGAGUAAUAUUAAUAUUAACAUAAUAUAAAGUGAUACAAUUGAUUAAAUAAUAAUAAUAAUAACUAAUAAACAUGUAUUUUGCUUUAAACUUAACAAAUUCUAGAACUGGUUCUGAAUAUAAUAAAAUAAUAAUCUUGUACUAUAAAAUAAAAUAUAAAAUCAUAAAUAAUAUUAUCAAGUGCAUUAAAAAUCGCAUAGGUAAUUUAUAUUGUAAUAAAGAAAACACUCAUUAGGUAUGAAUUAAAUAUUCUGCGUCUAUGGUUUAUUGUAAUUUAAAAUGUAUUUAUAAACUCUAAAUGUAGGGCAAUCUUCAAAAUAGGUGGAGCCCACAUAUCUUGUUUACAUACCAAAAUAGUUUUAAUUUAUUUUUUAUUCUAUUUAUGUAUAAUACAUAACAUGUUUGCUCCAUAUUUAUUCAUGAAAUAUUAUGUUAUGUAAUAUAAUAUUUUUUUUUUCAGAAAUAAUUUUAUACACGUUUUUUAUCAACAAUAUUCAUUAUUGAAAAUGUCCAAGAGAAAUAUUGACGAAGGGGGUUCUGAAGAACCACCCAUAAAAAAAGUACAGUUUGAGCCAGUUAGACUUGGGCCUAUUUCUACAAUGGAAGAUUUAGAUAUGAAAGUACUACAAUACCAAAACAAAAAACUAGCACAAGUUAGUAUAAUAUUAUAUAAGUAUAUAAAUUAAAUAAAAUAUUUUAUUUUAAAUUUGUUAUUAUUUUUUAGAGAUUAGAACAAAGAAAUAGAUUAGAAACAGAAUUAAGAAAUAGAAUAGAACAGUUAGAAAAACGUCAAACACAAGAUGAUUCUGUUUUAAAUGUUGUAAAUCGUUAUUGGAAUCAAUUGAAUGAAGAUAUUCGUAUACUCUUACAAAGAUUUGAUGCUGAAACAGCUGAUGAAUUGGAAAGCAAAAGUACUUACAUUUAUUACAUAUAUUUAUUUAUUUGUGUGCCAAUAAUUUUAAGUAUAUUACAUUUUAAACUUAAAUGGUUAUAAUUAGAUGAAAGUGAAGCUACAACAUCGUUUUUAGUACAGUUAUCAACAUGGGAUAAAGAAGAAUUAGAUGAAAAGUUAGCUAAUCGAGUGCAAGUGUCUAAACGUGCUGUAGCAAAAGUUAUACAAGCUUUUGAUAGACUCAUGCAAAGGAACGAAAAAAUUACACUUGCUCUUAAAGGAGAAUUUGAGGGAGGUAAGUGUCAUUUUUUAAAAUUAAAUAUAUGUAGGGAACGGAUUUUAUUGUAAUUAAAAAAACAAUAUAUGUAUCAAUUUUUCUUAAAAUAUUAAAUAUCGAAGAAAAGGUAUAGUAUUAAAAAUUAUUAAAAAAUAUAUUUUAUAAUUAUAAAUAUUAAAUAAAAAUAAUACAAAUGAUAUAGGUGUAUAAAACUAGAAUUAUUCUUCAGAAACAAAACAAUGAGUAACAGCAUAUUGUUGAAGGUUUUCAAAUAAAAAAUGGCAAUAAUUUGGUCGGAGAAUAUGUUAACAGAUGUGUUAUAUAAGGGCAUAAUUCAUAUUUACUAUAUCAGAAGGAGUGAAUUCAAUGUCCAGAGAUCCAUGUUGAUUUUUUCUUUUUAAAAUAUCUUUGAUGAUUUUAAUAGUUUGAAAUCCAUAAUUUUUUUUAAUUUGACUGCAAAUUUUCUACAAUACUAAUAUUUUCUAUCAAAGACAUGUUUUUAAUUUCUAAUUAUUUAAUUGUCUAAAUAAAAAAACAAACAUUUGCAGAAAUGUAUGCCAAGUUAUUUUUUAAAUUGAUAUUUUGCAUCAGUGAAUUUGCCUCUUCAAUAGCUGCGACAGAGUCAGUAUUGAAAUUUGAUAACAUUUUUUAUUUUGUUGAAAUAAUCACAGCAGUAUUGGACGGCUUCUAGCCAUAUACCUGAUCUUAUAAUAGGUUUAUGAAGUAAAUUAAAAUCUGAUUAAAUUUCUUUAAAUUUUGAAACACUGCUUGAAAUAUUUUUUUAUAGUCGAUAUUAAUUGAUUAUCUUCAGAAUAAUUACAUCUUAUUGUUUCUGAAACACGAUAAAAGCUAUGCGCUAAACAUGUUAAAUGAAUCAGUUUGGGAAAAAGACAGUCAAAAUACUACCAGGUUUGACCAUAUAAGGAACAGCUUAAAAUAAAAAUAAAUUUUCAUAUCUUACUCCAUUUAGCCAUAAGUUCAUAGAAUCAUUAAAUAAUAUAGCAAUGGUUUAUUAUUGCAUUUUUCUAACUGCACAUAAUUUAAAAGAAAUUUACUAGGCUCAGAACAUAGUUUGCCAAUGAUUACAUCACCUGCUGUUUGCAUCUGUUGAUUUAUAAAUUGAAACUCAUAUUAUAUCUAUCAUAUCUAUCUUGAACUGUUUAAUUAAUUUUAAUGUUUCUUUGUAAAUUAUAUUCUUUCUGAUGUUAUUUUCAUCUCGAAUAUGUUGUUUAGUAUAUUUCUCUAAAAAAUCUGUGAAUUCUCGAUUUUUUAAUUAAACAAUUGGGAAUACGCGAAUUAAAAUACGACACAAAUCAUUAUCAAAAGUUGACAAAUAAGUGGAAGACAUAAAAGUCUGAAUUUAAACAUUUUUAUUAAAAUUAUAAAUACUGUCUAUUUUGCUGGUGCUUAGAUGUAGGUUUAUGUUGAGUAACUGAAAAACUCUGAUUUAUUGAUACUGCCUUUUCACAACACAAACUGAAUAAAAUUACUCUAUUAUUUUAAUAUCUCAUUAAGAAACUCUUUUAAAUAAUAAUUCGCUUUUGUUUUUACAACUUUCGGCAUUUGAAAACUGGAAACUACACACGUAAAUGACUAAAUGCGACUACGUAAUAUGCAUAUUAUGAAAAACGAUUGUCAAGUGACUUCUUUGAUUCAUAUCAUUCGAUUAAAUUUAUAUUACCAAUAUCCACAAUAGCACAUACAGUGCACACUAAAGUAAUUGUUUUUCAUGCUCGGUUAUCCCUGUUUUAGUUCUAAUCUAUAGUGACUAAGUGCGUAAAUGUUAUUUAGAUAGCGUAGAAUAUUUUGUUCAUUGUCAAAAAUUACUAAAACAUUUACAAAAUAUGUACUUAUUUAUUAAAUAUGUAAAAUUAAUUUGGCUUAUUUCAAUUAGAAUGAUAUAAAUCAUAUACAUUUUUUUAUUAGAUUAAAAAUAUUUCAUUCCCUUAAAAAUAUGUAUUUACAAUACAUUACAAUAUGUUUUCUAAUAUACAGUAUUAUAUUUUAUGAAUCUGCAUAAAUUUAGCACAGCAUUUUAAUGCUGAGAUUUCACCAAUCCAUAAUACAGUGAAAUUUACGCUCAAGACAAGUCAGCGCGCAUCACGUUUAAAAAAAUAUACCAAAUCAAUUAAAUUUCAAAUUUUAUUUAGAUACACCUUUAUAAUAAAUUUAAUGGAAAUUGUCCAUAUAAGACUGGUGUGUACUUAUUAACUGAAGACUGCAAAGGUAUUUUUUAUGGGGGGGAAAGAGAUCUAUCAUUUUAUUUAUUUGUUUUAUAACAAUUAUAAUUAUAGUUAAACUCAUAACCAACAGCUAGUGAUAUGAUAAUUAAUAGUGAUUAAUUACUAUUAUAAUAGUCAUAAUAGUUAUACAUACAUAUUUACAGAAGGGCUUAAUACAUUUAUGGGGAGAUCCACAUCCGAAUCACGCCCCUGGAUGAAUGUACCCAUCCUGGGAAAAAAAUCAUUUUCAUUGCUUUCAAAUUAUUUUAUUCUCAUUUCGUCUGUCCUGUCUUUAACUAUUAUUUGUUUUUAUAUACUAAUCAAUUUUUCUCUUUGGCUUGUAAUAUAAAGACAUUUUCUUUAAUAAUAAUAAAAACUUAAUAUGAUAAUUUAUAUACUAAAAUAUAGUUUUACACAAUUGAUAUUGUACUAAAUUAUAUUAAACUAGUUAUAUCAUAUUAUAUAGGUACCAAUAACUACUGCUACUGUACCCAUAACACUAUGUAAUAGUGCAGAAAUUCUUUCGAUAUAAAUAUAUUUUUUAGUUUAAUGUUUGUUGCACUAAAAUAUUUUGUGUGCACUAAAUUAUCAAGCUGAAUCGUGCACUGUAAUUUCGACACUUAAUUGAUGGUACACCAUGUCUUAUAUUUAUACUUCAUAUUUAAUACAUCAUUAUCAUAUGAUAUCAUAUCUAUCCAUCAUUUAAAUCAAAUUUAAAACUAAUACAUUUUAUUAUUGAUAUUAAUGAAAUUAUUAAAUAAUAAUAGACAAUGAAAUAAAUAUUUUAAAUAGAUGAAGCUCCUAAUAUGGAUGAAACAAUACGACAAACUAAUGGUGAACUUCAAGUAGAAAAUCAAAGGUUGCAAGCUUUGAAUACAUCAUUACAUAAAAUGUAUCAUCAAAUGUCGUUAAAGGUGAUAAUUUUUUAUUUAAAUAUUUACUUUAAAUUAAUUACAAAAAUAAUAAUUAGAAAUGCAUGAUUAUAAUGUUUAUUAUUUUAGUUGGCAGGCUCACAAGACAAUGUAAACUGUAAGGAAACAGAAGUGGCUGAAAUGCGAAAUCAGAUUGAAGAAUUGCAAUAUGAAUACCAAAAAAUUCUGGACAGAAAUUAUAAAUUAGAAACACAUUUAGCAGAAUCGAGAGAUAAGUUAAAAGGAUUGGAAGCCAUGCAAAUUGAUGAUAAAAUAAUUCCAAAACAUGAUACAACAAUUACACAGUCAAGCUUAUCACUUCAAAAGGUUAAUACAUAAAUAAUAUAAAAAUAAUUCAGCUAUUUAAGGUUUUCAUAUUGUGGAAAAAAUUGAACCCGGCCAAAACAUAUCUACUGUUGUUUUUCUAAUUAUUUAUUUAUAUUAAUUUACUAUUUGAAAUAUAAAACUAACGAAUAGAUAUAAAUCUGUUAUUAUGGUAUCUUAACACACACAGUUUUAACUUUUGCAUUUAAACAUUAAUUUGAUUUAAAAUUAUAAAAGGUGGCACAUUUUCACCAUUAUCACCCCAUAAUAUUGAGGGUGUUAAAUUGGGUAUUUAAAAAAUUAUAUUUUUAUAGUAACAUCAUUAAAUUUAUUACAUUUAAAUGGAAAAUUCUACACUUAGCAUAAAUUCUUGAAAUUCUCAUUUAAUGAAUAAUGUCAAAAGGUGUCUAUAAUAAAUUAUCUUAUUGAUGUCAACAAUAUAUUGGUUAUAUAUUUAGGUUGAAGAAUUACAAAAAGAAAAUGAAGAACUUAGAGAGUUGAAUAAUAAUCGUCUCCAAGAACUUGAUAAAUUACAUCAACAACAUAGAGAAGCUUUAAUGGAAGUAGAAAAACUCAAAAUGGAUGUAUGUAGUUUUGAAUAUAUUAUCUUGUAUGUAAUAUACAAAUAAAAACUAAAUUUAAAUUAUUCUUUUUUCCUUAAAUAUUAGUUAAGGCAACUACCUGAAAGUGUAAUAAUUGAAACAACAGAAUAUAAAUGUUUACAAUCACAUUUUUCUGUAUUAUAUAAUGAAUUUAUGUUAAUGAGAAAUCAACUAAUUGAAUCAACUGGAUUGCUUCAAAACAGUAAAAAUACUCAUUUACGGCAAAUGGAAGUAAUGGAGGUUAGUUAUUCUAAUUUAUAAUAUGUGUAUUAAUAAAUGAAUGAACAUCAAAAUACUUUAAACAAAUAUAUAACUAAGUUUUGAGGAUUUGAAUGAUCAGGGAACUUAAGUGUGCUUAAAACAAAUAGGCAAUACAGAGAACUGGAAUUAAAAUUUAGUUUUAUUUACUAAAUUUUUGGCAAUUUUAAAAAUUAGUUUACUUCAAAUUUGAUAUGUGAAACCUAGUAGUUCUUAGUAUUUAACUGGAAUUAUAUUCAUAUUGUUUUGUAAUCAAACUGAAUUAUAAUUAAAUGGUGAAUUAAAUUUAACAAAAUAUGCAUUUUUUCAGAGUGAUGAAUUAUCAGCUCAAAAAAAAUUACGUUCUGAAUUAAUGAAUUCUGAAGAUGUUAAUGCACAAUUACGUAAAGAAUAUGAAAUGUUACGUAUCGAAUUUGAACAGAAUUUGGCUGCUAAUGAACAAACUGGACCCAUAAAUAGAGAAAUGAGGCAUUUGUUAUCAUCAUUACAAAAUCACAAUAAUCAAUUGAAAGGUGAAUUACAUCGAUACAAACGUAAAUAUAAAGAUGCCAAUGCAGAAGUACCAAAGGUAAUAAUUAGUUAUUACUAAUAAUUUAUAUUAUUUUGAAAUUUAAUUUUUUCUUUACUUUUAUAGUUAAAAAAAGAAUUAGAAGAUUUUAAAUUAAAAUUAGGUCAACAAAUUACAGCCGCUGUUCAAGAUUCUAAAGAAGGGUUAUUAGAUACAUGUAAAGAAGAUGAAUGUUUAGUUAAUGAAAAUAUUAAAGAAGAAUUUUCAUUUUCUCAAGUUAUUAUGAAAAGAGAUGAAGAUUUAGAAGUAAUUAUUGAAUUGAUAUAUUAAAAAUAUGUUAUAUAUAAAUAAAUUUGAUGUAUUAAAAUAAUCAUUUUAUCCCUCCUUUAAGGGUAUAUCUCAAUUAAUCGAUGAAAAUAUUCAGAUUGAUGAAAAAAUUGAUUUAAAAAGUUUAAAAAAAGAGCAUAUAAAAGACGGACAGCAAACACCUAAUAAAUCAACAACUGGUCCUACAACAACUCCUGAUCAAAAACCUGUUAAUCAAAAAGAUAUCAUUCGAAAUUGGGAAAGUGAAGCUCUUAGAGAUUUAAAAACACAACUUAAGUAAGUAAUUAUUUAAUACACUUUAAAUAAAAUUAGUUUCUGUUAGAUUGUAUUUUCAUAUUUUUGACAUUGCAGCACACAAAUCCUUUUAUAAUAUGUACAUAUUUUAUAUUAUGUUUUGUAAUCAAAAUGUUGAACUUCCCCUUUUGUAGUAAAUUAAAAUUAGUAACAGAAACUCAUUAAAGAACUUUAAUUUCUUAUGUUUUUUUUAAAAAAAUGACAUAUUAUAUGUUUAUAGAAUUUAAAAAAUCAUAAAAAUGUUUGGAAAUAAAAUACUAAAUGAUAACCUUCAUAAAUAAAUAUAUAAAUACAAUAUUUACACAUAAGAAUUAAAAAUAAAUAAACUAAUAAAUGCGUUGCCUAGAGCAGUGGUGCACAACCUUUUUUGAUUCACGGCCCCCAAAAUAAUUUAUUUUGAUAACAUAACCUCUCUUCUAUCAACAUUAUGUAAGUGUAUAAUAUAUACUUACUUAAUGGUUUUAAUGUUUACAAAAAUUGUAUUCAUAUAAAUUAAAUUGUUAAUUUUAGGCAAUUUUAAUAUUUCUUUAAUUUAAUUAAUCCAAAACAUAAACAAAAAUACAAAAUUUGAGUUUUAUAAAAUCUAAAAUAAAAAUAAAAUUACUGAAAUUAUAAUUAUAAUCAACUCUUUUUGGUACUUGAAACCAUAAUCAAUUUAUGAAGUAUAAUUUUAAAGAUUAAGUGUCUUCUGUCAAAUUAUUAAUUUAGAGUUUAUUAAUUAUUUGUUUAAAAAUGUAUGUUUGAUUCCAAUUUUUGGAUAGGGCAGCUAGUAUAAUAAUAUUGUAGAAUAGAUAUUUUUUACAUAUUUAGUUAAACAUUAAUAUUAAUAUUUAUUUCUCAAUUAAUUUGGAUUAAAUUAUUUUUUAACAUAGAACUAAAAACGUUAUCAUAAAAUUAGAUGAAAGUUAAAUAUUUUCAUUACAAAUUAAUAUAUAUUUUACGGAUGAAGUAUAAGAUUUUACAGAUAAUGUUUAAAUUACCCAUGUAAGGUUAACAUAGUAUUUAGUCAAAUAAAUGAUAAUUAUAUUUAAUUUUAAAAUUUAAAUUAAGUAAUUAUCUAAUAAACAAAUUUUUCUUUUUUGGAUUAUUAUUAUUUAGUUUUUACUAAACAAUCUGUAGGUAUAAUUGUAUCAUUUGAAGUAUUUGGUGUGUUAUUCGUGUUGUACUGACAUUUUCAGUUUACAAUUAUAAUACUUUUUUCAAAAUAUACCAGCACUGAUUGGAUACUGUUUACAUUGUACAUAUAAGAAAUGGAUAAUGUUUAGCUUACAUUGUUCAUAUGAAUAAGAUUUACUUUACUCCCUUUUUAUGCCUUAUCCGUAACAUAUAUGUAGGUAUAUAUAAAUAAUUUUUUUUUUUCAGUUUUAGAAAUAUUUUUAUACAUUAUAGUUUAGAAUAAUAUAAUAUAGUAUAAUAACCUUUAAACAUUUUUUAAUGUUUUAAAACUUAAUAAUUUAUUAAAAAUGUUUCUAUUUCAAAUAUUUAAACUGUUUUCAAUAUUUACCGCUUUAUGUUAUAUUUGUGUCCAAUUUUGAUUUGAUAGAUGAGUCUAUGAAAAAGGUUUUAGAAGAUAAUAUUAAACUACUAACUAAAAAAGUUCGUUUAAAAAAAUUACAAUCAAUGUCAAACUGUCUUGUUGUUAUUCUGAGAAUUUAAAAUUUAAAAUAUAAAUUAAAUUGCAUAACUAUUAGGUAUUGUUUCAGUUGAAAAGUUUGACUUAGUACACACUGUACAACUUUAAUAUUCAUUACAUAUCUAAUAUAACAAAUACAUUACUAAUGACAAAUUAGAAUAGAAUUCAUACAUAUAUAAUAUGUAUGUAUAUUAAACUAGUAUUGUAGAAAUAGAAAGCAUAAAUCUUUAAAAAUGUAUACAUAAAAAUAAAUAAAUAAAUGAAUCAAUGUGUCGCUUGGAGUAUUAUGAUAAGUGUUUCGAAUUAAAAAUUCAUCAUCAAGUAUAUCACAGUCAAAAUGUAAAAUGUGAUUCUGAUUUCAACUAUCUAAUAAAUUUUUAAUUCGAAAUCAGUCGUAUAAUACGACAUUUAUAUAUUUUUAUAUAUACAUUUUGUAUUUAUAUAUUAUUUAUGAGUAUUAACCAUUUUAAUACAUUUUUUUUUACAUUAUUAUUUUAUUUAAAGUGAUUUUAAAAAAUAGAAUGUAUUGUUAUUAAUUAUCAGUUUUUAUUAUUAUUUAUUUAUUUUGCAAACGUAAAGAAUAUAGCACAUCUUAUAAAUUAAAAAAUUAAGCUGCGAAACUCAGCAAAAAAGCAAAGCUUGUAAAUGGUUGGGUUGAGUUCAAUAUCCCACAAUGAAGAGAAAUACACGUUGUUAAAUGAAAUAGUACCACCUACUUAAUAAUACAAUUUACUAUAUUUAAAAACAUUAUUAAUAUGUUUUUUUUAAAACCUUAAAACUACUGAAAUUAUCCUUUAUAAUAUUGAAUUUACAUAAAAAAUCAAUGCCAUUAUUAAAAAUAGAACUUUUUGAACCAAAAACUGUAUAACAAAUAGGAACAUUUAAGUUACAUUUUAGCUUAGACCUAGUACUAUAAUUAUAAUUUAUUAAAAAUUCAUCUUAAUUAACUUUAUACAUGUAGAUUAAGUUAACACAUACAAAUAGAUCGUCAAAAUUAUACACAUUAAAAUCUUUAUAAAUUAAGUUUGUGGGAUAGAAACUUGUCUUGAAUAAAAUAAAUUUAAUUAAUUAGUUAAUUGUAAGAGAUAAUACUUUAAUAUGUGCAUUAUAAGAGCUACCCCACACAAUUACACCAUGUGUAAAAAUAUAUUGUGCUCGAGCUAUUUAUAUAAUUUGUAGUGCAUUUUUGUCUAACAUAUGGCAAAGUAAUUUAAACUUAUAAAAUAAUUUUCUAACUAGGUUAAUUAAAUAAUAAAUAUGUUCUUUAAAUUUAAGCCUAUAAUCCAAUAAAAUACCAAGAUAUUUGAUACUAUCAACUCUCAUUAAAGGUAUGCAAUUACAAGUGUGUUUUAAAUAUUUGCAGUUUUAUGAAUGAGCACAAAGAGAUAUAUCUGAACAAUUAAUUAUGUUUUUAUUGAUAUUAAAGAUAAUAUACUUAGGCUUAUUCAAAUUGAGUUGUAAGUUACUAUUAUCACAUCAGCAUUUAACUUUAUCUAAGCAAUUAUUAGCCAAAUUCGUCAAAUCACUAUAAUUAUUAUCUCUUAACAACAUCAUCCGCAUAGCAAUACAUUUCAGCAUCAAGUUUUAAAUUUAAAAGACCAUUAUAUAUAUUUAUAUAUAUUAUAAAUAAUAUAGGACCAAUCACAGUGCAUCGUGGAACUGAAAAAUCAUAUUUUUUUAAUCAUCACUGUAUUCAUUAUCUAAUCUAACUUUCUGUGGUCUAUUUGAAAUGAAUGAUUUUAUUAAAAGUAAGGCUUUCCCUCUAAUACCACAAUAAGAUAACUUCUUAAAUAGCACUUCAUGAUCAACAAAAUCAAAAGCUUUUUUAAAGUCUAAAAAUAUGCCUUAAAUUUUUUAUCAAGAUUAUGAUGUAUAAAAUAAGAUGUUUUUGCUGGUGGGUCUAGUAUAGUUAACAUAUUUGUACGAAAACCAAAUUAAUUAUUACUAAAAAAAUUAUAUAUAUUUACAAAUUGCAUUAAUUUAAAUCUUAAACAUUUCAAAAUUGUUUGAUAAGGUUAAUAUAAGAGAAAUUGGCCUAAUUACUGCAAACUUUUUUAUAUUAUAAUUAUAAUAUAUAGAAAAGCUGUAAACGAUCAAAAAGAAAUGAAAUUACUCUUAGACAUGUAUAAAGGAGUAAGUAAAGAUCAAAGGGAUAAAGUUCAAUUAAUGGCUGCUGAAAAAAAACUAAGAGCUGAACUCGAAGAAGCCAAACAAGCAUUAAAAAAAAUUCAAGUAAUAUAUUUAAGAUGGUUUAAUAUCAAAUUGGUAUUUCAUACUACUUAUGUUUAAAAAAUAUUCAUGUCUCUACUUUAGGAAGGUAAACGUGAAGAACGCAAAAAACUGGCUGAUGAAGAUGCAUUACGCAAAAUCAAACAAUUAGAAGAACACAUUGUUCAACUUCAGAAACAAGUUGCUACUCAUAAACAAGUAUAUUUGGAUUUUAAAUAUCAUACUGAUGAGAGACGAGUUUAUUUAUUUAUUUAUAUUAUUUUCAGGAAGAAGAGGCUAUGUUAAGUGAAAUGGAAGUGACCGGUCAAGCAUUUGAAGAUAUGCAAGAACAAAACUCUAGAUUAAUUCAACAAUUACGUGAAAAAGAUGAUGCUAAUUUCAAAUUAAUGACUGAACGUAUAAAAUCAAAUCAGUUACACAAGAUAGCUCGUGAAGAAACUGAUACUCUUAAAGAAUUGGUUAGCUCUAGUUUGUGUUAAUAAGCAAAUUGUAAAUAUAAUGUUAUGUAAUUUAUAUUUUAGAUUAAAACAUUAACUAAUCAAGUAGAAAUGACAAAUACAGUAGUUCGUAAAUUGGAAGAAAAAGAACGCAUACUGCAGAAUUCAUUAGCAACAGUUGAAAAGGAAUGUUCAAUUAGACAACAAGCUAUGGAAAUGCACAAACGCAAAGCAAUUGAAAGUUCUCAGUCUGCUGCUGACCUAAAAUUACACCUUGGUAACUUUUUAUUUCAUUGAAAAUUGAAUGUGGUUUAAAGUUACAUAAUAUUUAAUUUUAUAGAUAAAUAUCAUGCACAAAUGAAAGAAGCGCAACAAGUAGUUACAGAAAAAACCAGUGCCCUUGAGGCUGAAGCAUUUAAAACAAAAAGGCUUCAGGUAAUUUUAUAUUCAAUCAAUUUAUUUUGUUCAAGUUAAAAAUAAUUACAAUCAUAAUUUAGUUCUUGCACAUUCUGACACUUUUUUUAAUUAUUAAAUAAGCCAGGAAAGGUAUUCGAUUGUUUUUAUUGUUAACUAAGCUGUAUGUUAGCUAAAUAGUUUUUUUGUAAAAUCUUUGAUAAUUCAUAAUUUCAACUCCAGAUAAAAAAAAAAAAAAAAAAAAAAAAACUAUAAUGCCGAUUUCACAAAUAUUUUAUUAUGAAAUUUAAUAAAAAUAAGUAAUAUAGUUAGGAAUAUAAAUACCUGGUUGUGUUAUAUUUAAAAAAUAGCUGGUAUCAUUAGUAUUUGAAAUUAAUUUAGAAGGAUUAAAAUAUAAUUGAUCAUAAAAUUCAAACAAUUUUCAAUGAUUGUGCAGUACAAAAUGUAUUCCACAAAAAGAACUUCAUAUUCUAAAAAAUAAUUCUUAAUUUAUUAUAGUCCAUUAACUCUCGUUUAAAUAAUGUGCAAGGAAAUAAUAACAUUUAUGAAUACAAUAUUUAAAUUUUUUAAUCAAAUAUAAAUAUUUUAGGAAGAAAUAGUACAGCUUAGGAGGAAAACCGAACGUAUGAAAAAAAUUGAGCAAGCUGGAACAUUAGAUGAAGUCAUGAUGGAAGAGAUUAGGGAAUAUAAAGAAACCUUGACAUGCCCAUCAUGCAAAGUAAAACGAAAAGACGCAGUGCUAACUAAAUGUUUUCAUGUUUUUUGUUGGGACUGUUUACGUACUCGUUACGAGACAAGACAAAGGAAAUGUCCCAAGUGUAAUGCAACAUUUGGAGCUAAUGAUUAUCAUAGACUUUAUCUUGGGUCAUAAUAGGUUUAUUGAGAAAGUGUAGUAAGAAAUAAAACUUAUUGUUUAAGUAUCCUGUAAAAUUGUAAAUUUUUUUCGGAACUUAACAUUUCCCAUCUAUUAUUUGGUGAUUUUAAUAAUAACUUAAUAUCAAUUUGUUUUGAAUUUAAUACUUAACAUUUUUUUAAUAAAAUAAUUAAAUAUGAAUAUGAUAGUUAAAUGAAAUUGAUGUUUCUAUUAUUACAUUUUUUUGAAUUUCGUUUUUUUUAUUAUUAUUAAUUUUAUUAUGACAUUGAUUAAUAACAAAUUAAAAUUUCUCUUAUGAUAAAUUAAUAAUGAUACCUUAGGUCGUGUUUUACAGUAAAUGGAGUCUUGUGUGUUUAGACUUUGUACUAGGGUGAACCAUACACAUUUUUUAUUCUCAAACAUAUAUUCGUAUUUUAUUUGUACAUGUGUAAUUGGGAGCAGUGAUUUUUAUUGCUUUUUUAAGGUUUAAAUUAUCACUGAACAAAAAAUGAUAUAAAAUUAAAUUUUAUUAGCUACAAAACUGCAAGAUUGUUUUAAAAAAAAUUAUUUCAUUAAUUUCAGUUUAAUAAUUUAUCAACAUUUUAUAAAUUUUUAUGUUUUUUGGGUAAUAACUUUGUCAAUAUUGAUUUUACUAUCAUCUAUAAGACCUUAUUUGUUCAUUAUUGCACGCAUUCUCAUGAUUUACAUUCACACCAUUUUUAUUCAGUGAUUAUUUAGACUGUAAAAAAAAUUAUAUAAAUACACAAAAAAAUUAUCGCUACUCAUACACUGAACAAUUUUUUUUUCAUGAAUUAAGAUUUAAUUGUAUUGUUACAUCUUUACAAAUAAAAUCUUUGGUCCACCUUAUUCUGUAUACUUGGCUGUACUCAAUACAAAUCUCUUCCCCGUCUACUGUCAUGAACAUAUUUAUUGUGCAUACUCAUUGUUAUUGAUAAAGAUAUUUUGAUUAACUUACCACUUUAUUAUGUCACGCAAAAAUUAACAGUAAGUGGAAUUUUAUUUAGAACACAACAGUGUACAACAUAGCUCCAUCCAUUGUAUAUUACUCAUUGUAAUACUUAAAGUCUGAAGUAUAAAUGAGUAUUUACGUAAAUAUUUUACUGUAGAAUAUUUUUUUUAAAAAAUUGUAUUUGUAUAUAAAAUAUAAUAAUUAUCUAAUACAAAAAGACAUUGCUAUUAAAUUUAAAAUGCUAAACUUAAAUUUUAUAAACCAAAUAACUUUUUAUGAAUUGUUUACAAUAUUUAAAAGUUAAUACUAAAAAUGCGAAUAUGCAAAUAUAAAAUUUGAAUUAUUAACUUAUUAAACUUAUUUUAUUAUAUAAAAUUAAAAAAUACAUAAGAAAAAAUAGAGGAGAAAUGUUUUAAACAUAUAAUUUAUUUUCUGAGUAUUAACCUCAAAAAUAUUUUUGGUUUUUAUUUACUUUAUUGAUUCAAUUCAAUAAAUUAAAUUGUGAAAUUACUGAUUUUUAAACAUUGCAUAUAAAGUUGCUAUUUAAGAACAGACAUAAAUCAGUGACACAUUUUACAUUAAUUCACUACAGUAAUAUACAUUUCUUUCUGUCUCUUCAUACGUAUAUAAAAGUAUGUAUCAAUAUUAUAUUGUAUUUAAUAUGUACAUGUCAAUUUACAUCAUUAUUUUGAUGUAAACUAAUAAAUAAAUAUACCAAAAAUGAAUUAUUAACUGUUAUUUAUUAAUGUUUUAUGUUAUUUAAAGAGAAAAUAUUACACUUGUAUCCAUUACCAUUGAAACUUGAUACAUUAUAUUAUAAUAGAUACAAUAAACUGAUCCAAAAAAAUAUAAAAUACAUAAAUUUCCAUUCAUGAUGUUACACUAAUUUUCCCGGUUAACAUUUGCAUUUUGGAACUUAUUCUUUUUUCUUUUGAGCACUUCAAAUUCUAUAAAAAAAAAAAAAUAUAGAUAUUCAGUUUCAAAUUAAAAUAUAUAAGUUGACUUAAUUAUCUAAUUAUAUUGUUGUAUAACACUUAUUUUAGAUUUAAGUGUAGCAAGAUGUAUUGGUCUUGCAAUAUUUAUUUUAUUUUAUACUGUGAACAAAUUUUCUACCAGAAAUCUUGUUUUUUAAAAGAAAAUUUUAUUUACUUUGUUCUUUAGGGAAGUCAUUAUUAUUUUCAAAUUUUUUUUUUUAUUGUAGACGAUUCAAUUAGAAAUGUUUGUAAACUUGAAAUUUGGACAGAAAACUCGAAAAAUAUUUGCCUUUUCUAGAUGUGGUAAUAUUUUCAAAACUUUUAAACUAUUUAUAAAUAUUUUAAUUUUAUGAGGAUUUUAAGACAUUUUUAUUUAAUAGGCAUUUUGUGGAUAAAAUUAUACAAACAAAAUCUGUCCUAGGGUAAUGGGUAUGAGUGUAGGUACUGUUUUGGUGAGAAGUUGGGAAGCUAGUAGAGGGGAAAUUUAAUGUAUAUCUAUAAGAAACGAUAAAUCAUAUCGAAAAAAAACACCAAUUCUGAGUGGAGUUCAGCUGAUAGUAUUGUUUUGUCAACAAUAUAUAAUAUAUCAUUUCUUUAAUAUUGUACUUAUUUUCACGUUUUUUCCCCAUUUAUUGAAAAACUCUUGGGGAAAUUAAAAAAUGACUUCCUUAAAGUACCUCCCCAGUCAGAUUUUUUUUUAAAAAGUGUUAUCAUUGUAAAUCAGGAAAAAUUACUCGUAGAAAAGUUGUCUACAGAAAAAAAAAAAUCAUCUGUAAACUCAAUUGGAGGUUAAUUAUAAGUUAUAUUUUGUGGUCAACAAGAAAAAGUUUAAUGUAGUAUUUUUUUUUUAAAUUAUUUUAAUAUUGAAUUAUGACAAAAAUCAUAAAUAUAAAGGAUUUUCAGAAAUGUAUAAUCGAACUUUAACUUUGCUCUGAAUCAUUUUUCAUUAGCAAUGAUCAAUCUUUGAGUUCUCUUUUACAUCCUACCUUCCCAACUUCUCACUUUCAAUAGGGGCUCACCCGCUGUGCAAAGUUUGUUCGUCUGUUUUAUUUCCAUUCUUAUAUUUUAAGUCAUACUAAUGAUAACUAUAUUAUUAUCAAUACAAACAUUGAUUAUUUCAUAAUAACUAAUUCAAUGAGGUUUCUUCAGAUGAAUCCAUACAAUUUAAGCUUAAAGUUAACUAAUAAUUUUACUAAAAAAUUAUUUAAAAAUAAAUUGCUUAACCUUCAGGUGGACGUGUGGGCAGUAUUUACACAGCACUUAAGAUAAAACUAAAAAUAAAUUUGUGCAGUUGUCAGCACUUCUAGGUAUUCUCUAAUAAUUAAUCAAGAUGUUAGUUUGGUUAGUUCGGUAUAGCUUGAAUGUGUUCCGGCGAGCAUUUAUUAUAUGUACUAGCACUAAAUUUACAUAAAAAGCAUGAAAGGUGUAAAUGUUGUUGAACGCCCAUCAACACUAAGUGAAUUUGCAGACCUUGCUGGAGGUUAAUAAAAAAUAAAAACCCUUGUUUAGCACUUCGGCUUUUAUAAUAUUCAAAAAUAUUUUACACUUGUGUUAUUAGUGUAAACAAUAAAUAUAUCAAAAACUUCCAGUGUCCAUUGUAUUUAUUAUUAAUAGUGAGUUACAAUAAAACAAAAUUAAUUACGGUAGCGCAUAGGUCUUCUAAUAAAACGAUCUGGUGGAGUAAUGCAAACAUCUAAGUAAUCGCCAAUUGUAAACCUGUAAAAUAAAUAUUAAAAUAAUAUUUAAUAAUUAAUGAUAUAAUAUAAGAAAUAACAUUUAACUAAGGUUAGCACUUAGUCAAUUGACUAAAAAAAAAUUGUUGACUAAUCAUAAUACUAACCUUAAAUAUAACACUCAAUAAUAAAAUUAUAAUCAUUUGAAUAAAAACAAAUUGUAAAUGUUAAGUUAUAUAUUUUUUUAUGACAUUUUUUUUUGGUAUUCCGAAACUGUGUAAAGAGCUCUUUUAUGUAUAGGUAAAAUAAAUACAAUAAAUUCAAUUAUAUAAAAAGGUGAAAACUUGAAGUUCACAAUUUUCGGUGUUUUAUUCAUGUGCAUAACACAAAUUGAUAAUGCUUUUAUUACUUUUCCCUGUUACUUGCCAGACAUUGUUAUACAAUUUUGAAAAUACAAUUAUUAGCAUAAUAUAUUUUUCUGCAUUCCAAAAAAAAAAUCCGAAAUUUUGAGGGAAUGCUAAACUAGACUUUUAUUUUUACACAAUCAUUUUAAAAACUUUGAUUUGCCUAAGUUUCAAAAACAAAAAUUGAAAACUUCAUUAAAGCGCGUUAAAAUAAAGUUAUACACAUACGCAAAACAUUGUUUUUCAAAAAGCAAUAAAUUUAAAACUAAUGAUUUCCGUGAAAAAAACAUAAUUAAACUUUAAUUUUUAAAAUAUUAAAAUAUGUUUCCUAAAAAAAAUUCAAAAUUUCGAGAGGUGUGCUCAAGUAGAUUUGUUCAGAAUUUUGUUUUAUACAUAUCCCUACUAAAGAAAUUAAAUAACACAAAUCAUUAAUUGUAUUGGUAUAACUUAACUAAAAUUACCUUGUAUUUCCUAAUGUUUUUGUAUCGUCUGUUGAUCUAUUUCCAGCAACAGUAGUUCCAAUUUCAAAACCAUUAAAUCUUGGAGAAUUAUACUCGGGUGUCACUAAAACAAAAUCAAAUGUUGUUCCACGAACUCUUGACUCAAUAUUAACUUCCUUGAUCAGUCCAGUCAAUUCACGUAAUGUUGCAUCCAUCCUAAUGAGGACAAAAAUAAUAAACUUUUUGCAUGAAAUAAAAAAUUGCAGCACAGCAGAGAUUUUUGUAGAUAAUUUGUCAAUGAUUCAAGUUACUUUAAAAAAAUAAGUUCAUCCAUACUUAUUGCUAUAAACAUAAUUGAACUAAACAUGUUCAGUUUAAUAUUUAGACAGUGGCAAUAUAAACUUUAAUUUUACAUUAGUGAAACAAAGAUAAAUUUCAGAUCUACCAUCUAAAAUUGUUUAAACCGAUUACUGUGACUAUAACAAAAAAAAAAAUGUACUUCAAUUUAAUUACUAAAACUAAUUAAUUUAUAUUUUCAUUGAUUUAUUUAUUUAUUUUAAUACGAUAAACAGAAAAGGAUGGAGAAAAAACCUAAAAGUGGAUCCUAUACAAAUAGAAACGAAACAAUUUUAAUUAGGGAUUAGUCAGUGCAAUUAAUUUUGGAUGUUGGAUCUGAAAUUUAACUUUUGCCUCAUUAAUGUAAAAUUGAAGUUUUUUUUGCCAUUGUCUAUAUAAUAACCUACUAUGUACCUACCAUGUAUAUAUUUGAAGUUCAUUCCCGGGAACAGUGCCACGAAAAUAUUCAUUUAAACUAUUAUGAUGUCCCAUCGCACAAAAUACCCUUAAAAGUAAUGGACAUGUCUGAAAUGUAUUGAAACAUUUAAAAUAUUAAUGAUUUUUGUUCAAACUGUAUUGGAGAAUAUUUGUUUACCUUUUCUCGGUUCACAGGUUUCUCUUCAACUUUAACAAGUGAUUCAACUGCAGCCAUGUCUAUAGCAUAAAGGUUUAAACAGUAAACCAAUGAAUAUUCGCAAAGUUAAUGGUGUUUGAAUUUUCGUUGUCAGAAUAAAAUAAAUAUAAGUGUAUAAGUCAUAAAAACAAUUACAAUGAAUUUACCAGAUUACGAAAAAAAAAAAAUCAAUGGUAGAUGUACUCAGAAAAAACAGCGUCCAAACAUGGUAACAGAAUGUCUACAACCGCGGUUACCGCUGAAAAUGAAUGAUUAUAAUAUGGCGAAAAAUUGAUAAAAUGUUUUCUUAUAUUGAACUCUAUCUAUACGUAAAUUUAAGAAAUAUUUUACCCGCCAAAAUGUUCAAGUUCGUUUAAUUUUAUGUCGAUGUUAUCCAGAGAUUGUGAAAAAUAUUGUUAUUAUUUAAAAUCACGAUAUUACCAUGAUUUGUUUUAGAUAGACCUAUUCAUAGGUGUUAAUAAGUCCAUCAUAUUAUAUACGCGAGAAACUAUUUUGUUGGUAUAAUAUUUUCCAAUAUUAUUUAUUCUUCGGUUUCUUCGUUUUAUAAGCAUGGUACCACAGAAAAGAAUAAACCUAAAUAGAUGGCACCUACUUAAUUAAAAAUGUGUUUUUAUUUAUUUAAUAGAAUAAUUGAAACGAACUUAUGGUUGUAGUAUCUUAGUAAAACAAAGGUCAAUUCAGUUUUUGAUCAAAAUUUUACCUUUCACUUUUCGACUAAAAUAAUACCAAGUUACUAUAAGCAUUCAGAGUACACCAUUUCAGACGGAACGCUUUUUUGUAUAUUCUUAAUUAUUCUGACUUAAAUGUCACGUAUUAAUACUGAACUUAUCGUAUUUGGGAAAUAUCGACGACUAUAUUAUAUAGGAGAUGCGAUUAUCUACUGUAGACUAAUUUUCAAGAUUACCUAGGUUCGUGCAGUCGUGUACUAUCAGUUAUUACAAACAUACCUAUACCAAAUCAACUUAUGAAAAAAAAAAACAAUUUAUAAAUUUCGGUUUCAUAAAAUUUAAAUAAAUAAAAUCCAGCGUUGGACUUGCUCUUUAUAUUCAUAUAAGUGUUAUAUAAAAAAUAAAAAUGAAUGGUUUCGAAGGACUCAAUUUACGAAAUCCAAUAAUAAAUCACCGCGCGCCAUGCUGCCACACAAAUGAUACACCAAUACAACUACUUACCAAAACUUAAAAGUGAAUCUCGUUAAUGGAUUGACGGAAAUCAAAAAUUUUAACACAAAAUGUAAUUUAAAGUAAUACUCCGUCUAUUUAUAGAAUUUUUUAAUAUAGGUCCUCAUUUGAAAAACUAAAAUUUGUAUCACCGUAGGGUACUCCUUAAAUGUUGUAAACAAUUUAAGAAUUCGAAAAUAUCGGCUAUAACUAUACUAAAAAAUUCAAAAAUUUAGAAUUUAAAUACAUGCAAAAUUUAACCAAAAUAAUGGAGUGAGUACGCUUAAUGAAUCAUUAUGAAUAUAUAUAUAUUAAAAAAGAGAAAUAUAUUUUAUCACAACUAAAUAUUUAUAACUAAACAAUUUUUUUUUUCAAAUAAUUAUUCUUAUAUUAUAUAUAGUUCUACCUAACCUUAACCUAACCCUUAACGGUAUUAAGACAAAGGUGUCAUCAGGUAUAUAACCAGCUAAUAAAGAA